CUGCGAAGCUAUCCCGUCCACCCGUGUCCAAGCCUCAAGCUAUCCAACGCGUGCGGCGCAAAUUCCCCUUCAAGAUGGCCAAGAAAGCGAAGUCUCGUGUCAUGAUCGUCCGGCUCUUGUCCAUGGCCGCGACUGGUUACUUCUACACUGUUAAGCGUCUCCGAACCGCAACACCCAUGAGCUUGUUGAAAUACGACCCAAUCAUUCGGCGAAAGGUGCUUUUCUUGGAGCAGAAGAAGAAGGGGAAAUGAGCCAGCGCACUCUCGAAUUACCAACACCACAUGUAACAACACUUAUAUCACCAUAAACGGCGUUCACGGCGGCAUACGAUUGGGGCUCGAAGACCACAUGGAUGAACUGUACAUCAUCAACCUGCAGUCCCUCAGACAUAUCGUCAGGGACAAGGCAUUGGCACGUCGGACUGUGCCCCAGAGGCGGAACGAAAGCGAAGGCUUCGAUGGCCGCGACCUAGUUGUAUAUUCUACCAAAAGAGAACAAACCUUGCGUAAAUGCAAUAUUCCUCUGCAUGAUUCCACCACACAUAAA